UAAGGUACUCUUCGUACGUGCGUGUACGUAACCAAGAUUUCGAAUAAAUGCUAAAGACAUCUUUCGCGAAGGUAUCAUUUAAUUGUCAACAUGAGAUUUAAAAUAUUUCCAAUGAGACAACCGUGAAAGUUGAUAAAAAUCGCUUAAUAACAAAGGAUUGCCUUCGAGAACGUGGAGGUGUUGCAUCGUAUCGUAGGACUUGUAGUAUAAUAUAGUAGAUAGGUUCGUAGUGCGCGCAUUCUGCGUAAUUGAAUUUUGUUAAAUAGCUGAAUUUUUGUUGAAAAAUUAUUCGUAACUAGUCCUUUCUAUCUUGAAGAUGUGCAUUAAUAUAUCUGACUAAUUAUCAUUGUGACGCUUUCGUUUGCGUGGCCUAGUUUUAUUUGUUCAAUACGAUCUGUCGAGAAUUGACACACUCUUCUUGAUUACCACUAAUUAAAGCUGUAGUGGCGAAAUGGGUGAGCCAAUAGUAUAUUACGGAAAGCGAAGGAGUAUUGUUCGAAAAAUUGGAUCCUUUUUACCACUAAGACCUCCACCGAAGGUGUAUGUCAGUGUUACACCACUGCAUUCAAUGACCAAUUCUAUGAUUGAUGAAGAAACAAGUUCUGAUUUUCGUGGAAGCAACAGUUUAACAGUUGGCAGACAUGCAUCAAUAAGUGAGAUAAGGAAAAUUGCAUUGUUAAACAAUGGACUUUCUCAAAGUAAGCCAGAUCUGCUAGAACCAAUAAGUUUUGGCUCGGAAAUACGUUUACUUGCUUUAGAGCAAGAAUUACAAGAUUUGAGGGAACAAAUAUCAACAAUUGUUAAACCAGGAAAACAAAAGCCAUGUUUGGCAAAUGGAAACGAUACUCUUCGACCGCCGCCUCCACCACCGCCACUGCCACCACCGACGACACCUCACAUUGCACGUAGAGCGAGCUUACAAGAGCACAUAAACGAUGAACGCAAAAAACCACCUCUAAAUACUCAAAAGUCUAUGGGCGAUAUGCUAAAAGACAUAGACAAAGUCAAGUUGAGACCAAUAGCAAAAUCACCGAACGGCGGCCCGUUGCGAAUUAAGCGCGAAAAUAGUCCAUGCAAUGAUUUGCAAGAGAUCUUGAGAAGGCGUUACUUAGCAAUGCAGUCUCCUGACAGUAGAAAUUCCUCUGUAAAUUUAACAGUAGAUGAGAGCUUUUGAGAUUAAGCCAAAAUGCUCACAAGUCAAGUGGUAGAUAAAGUAUGUGUUGAUGGAUAUUAAUGAAAAGAAAACGCUAAUUUGUGAAAAUUGGAUUGCAUUCAUAUUGCCAAUUCAUUCUAAAAAGAUUAUCUUAUUGGCAAGUCAUUCGAACAGUCAUCAAUUAAGACCUCUUAUAAAUUGACUAUUUCAAUUUAAUCAAACAUUUGGUACAAAUCAAGCCAUAUUCAAGAGUGCAAGUGUAAAAAGUGUGACUGAUUACUGUAAUUGACAUGCUAUUGAAAUCAAAAAAAUUAAAUUUUAUUUUUUAUUGUUAAUUCAUGAUUAAGCAUUUAAUCUUCCAAUAUCAAAUUAGUGUAAUUGGAUCUGAUAUAUAAUAGCAAUAGAAGUCAAGAUAGCAUACAUGUCUGAUUAGGAAGUGUUAUAAAAUAAUUUAUUUGCAUGGAUAUUCUCUACAACCCUGUGAUAAAUUAUUGAGUUAAAUAAUGAUAAACAUAGAAAAGACAAUGAAUCUCAUGUUCUCUCAAAAAAAUUGGGAGCCACUUAAACACUGAUAGCUAGUUUACUUGAUUUAUUAGUACCACGCUUGAAUAAGUGACUUAUUGAGUGUCAUACAUAGAUAUGUUAUAUAACUUGAUUUGUACAUUGAAAGAUAGAGUUGAUAUACUGGGUAGUCAAAUCUCACAUAUAUUUUUUCUUAUUCUUAAAGUCAUGUGAUAAAGAUGAUUUUAUUUUUUUUUUCACUGGCAAGAAAAUAAAUUUCCCAAUUUUGAGUGCAUGGUGUAACACACUUAUACACAAGAUUUUACUUGUAGCAAAGUGUAACUAGUUUCUGGAGACUGAAUGAGUCCUGUAUAAUCUGCCAUGUAACAAAAAUAUACAGGAAGUUUUAUACUAAGCGCUUUAUUGACAUAAGAUAAAUAAAAUUAAACGCGUUACUGUUAUUGAAAAAACUCCUGUAAAAAAACAAAUUUAAAUGAAAUAUAAAAAAUUAUUGU